UUUAUUAUUGUGCUUAUUGUAUAAACCACGUUAUUUAAAGUCAAACUUACACAGCAGUCAAAAAUGUCACAAAGACCUCAGAUUCAUGUUUUUGUGGGGGCACCCAGCAUCCCGAGGCCACGGGAGGGGCUGGAGCCGAGCUCGGCCCCUGCUGGUGAGCGGUGGAGGGAGCUGCGCUGUUGGUGUGACGGCCCCGGGGCUGUUCCUGCGAGGCUCCGCGCUGCCGCUGCCCCCUCGGUGCCCCGGGCAGGAAGCUCCACACCCGCAGGGGCCAGAGCUCAGCAGGGCACGUUCAUGGCAAAAGAAGGAAAAGAUUUGCCAUCUUCUGCCCCUGUGGCACUAACUUGUACCUGCACGCCUAAAAAGAGCCCAGGUUUAACUUGCUCUGAUUGUGAGGAACCCAAAGACAGAAUUACACCUGCAGAUGUAAAUCAGGCUGCAGAUCAGCACCUGCCCCAGGGCUGUGCAGAGUCUGCUGGACAAGAGAAACCAUCAGGUGCCUGCUGCCCAGAGCUCACUGAGAGACAAGCCUGUCCUUCAGAAGUUGGCAGCUGUGACAUUUCUGCUUUGGUUGCCAGCACUGAGCAGGUCAGCAUCCACCUACAGUCUGUGGGACUUGAGGCAGCUCACAGAAGUGAGCAUCAUGAACAUCUGAGUCAAGGUAUGGAUGUGUUUUUCCAAAAAGGUCAGGAGUCCAAGCCAAAAGAACCAAAUGACUGUGCAGACUUUGCAGUGUCAGCAGACACUGAGUUUUGUAGUUUGGUGACUUCAAGUCGGGUGGCUGUUUCUGCACAGAAUGAGAUGCAGGAAAGAAUUGUAAAACUAUCAGAAAUAGAAGCAGGCAAAAAAGCUGAAGAAGGACACUAUGAUCACUUCCAGUGUGAUUCUGGUGUUGGAACAUGCACUACUACUGUGACUGAAAAUGAGUAUGAGGAAGAGGAUGCAAGUUCUCUUGAACUUUUCAGUUCUGAGGAUGAUGGGGAAAAUGUUUCUAUUAAAGCUAUAAAACAGGAAGAAUGUGCUCAGGAAAAUGCAGAAAAGUUUCAAGAACUUAAUGUUCCUGCUGAGCAACUUGUAAAUGAAAUCCCUGUAGAGCCAUUGAGCUCUGGGACACUGUGCUCUCAAGGGAAAUGUUCUCACAAGAACUUUUCUAAAAGACCCCGCAAGCAUGAAGAUUCCCUUCAUCUUUCUCACUCAGCAUUUAGAAGACAGCUGAAAUCCAAGAGAGCUAAACUGAAUUCUUCUCCACCUGGUUCUGGGGUGAGAGUGGAUCCAGACAGGAUGACAGAGUUCAAGAAAUUCCAAAAGAAACUAUCGCAACUUAAAAAUUGCUGCAGCAAAAAUCAAAAGUACAAUAUUUUGGUCGUAGUUGUGCAUCCUUGUCAUAUCAAAGAAAUACAGAAGAAGACUAAACCAAAAUCUUCAUGUAAAGUUCCAGUGGCAACUGUUAUUGUUACUGACCAGUCAGAAAUUGAGAGAAAGGUGGUGCUGUGGCGUGAUGCUGCAUUUUGGUCCCUCACUGUGUUUCCUGGGGAUAUUGUACUGCUUACAGACAUAAUAAUGUAUGAGAAUCCUUGGUGUGGAGAGGUCAUGCUUCAGUCAACAUUUACCAGUCAGUUACUGAAUCUGGGGAACUGCUCAGCUCUCAAUGCAGAAAAAUUUUAUCCUCUAGUGGAUGAUGGUGUUCUCCAUGGCUUAUUGGCAUACAUAUCAUCAGAAUUUCCACACUUCAGAGACAUUCCACAAAGACAAGUUCAGAGACUGGAUGAUGUUCAGUAUGUGCAGCUAGAUCAGCUCCAGCCCAAUACUUUGGUGCACUCAAUCCUGAAAAUUAUCAAUAUUUCUGUGUUAACAGAAUCUGUGUACAGCUACAGAGGUGGCAGCCAAAGAAAAAUUAUUCUAACAGUAGAACAGAACAGAGAUCAACACUAUAGGAUGGUUCUGUGGGGAGCAGGGGCUGCCUGGUACCCCCAGCUUCAGAGGAAAAAAGACCACAUAUGGGCCUUCAAAUACCUUUUGGUCCAGUGUAGUUCUGUCUCAGGUGACCUGGAACUGCACACUACUCCAUGGUCAUCCUAUGAGUGCUUGUUUGAUGAUGAUAAAAGGGCAGUUGAAUUUAAAGAAAAGUUUCAGAAAAGUCAAACAUCCCUCAUGGAGUUGACAAGGCUCUCAGCACUCCUGGAUGAAAAAUGCUCAGGAGUGGUUCAAGUGAAAGCCCAUAUCUUGGAACUGAAAUUUACCAUUUCCACUGGUCAGUACAAGCAAGUCAUCUUCUCUGCUGACACUUCCCUGGAAUGUGUUUUGGCUUCUCUGCCUGUGAUUACGUAUUCAGGUUGUGCCAAAUGUGGUUUGGAACUACAGGCAGAUGAGAACAUGAUCUAUAAGCAAUGUAUUAGAUGUCUACCAUACAGCAAAGUAAAAACAUUCUACAGACCUGCUUUGAUGACAGUAGAAGAUGAAGGACAUGAAAUUUAUGUUCAUGUGGUGUCUGAGUUGAUGGAAAAAAUCUUCCUCAAUAUUCCUGCAGACUGGCUGAAGAGAUUAGUAGUGCCCUCUUCAGAUAUAACCUACAGCACAAUAGUAGCAGAUCUGUGUCAUUCACUGCUGGCAGAUACAGAAGCAUCCUAUUUGUUGGAAAUCAGAAGCCACUUUGUGCUAGAUGAGAACAGCUAUCCUUUGCAAAAGGAUUUCCAUCUGCUGAAUUUUCAUCCUGAUCUUUGACCUCUGCACUAAUUGAGUAACAAAGGCCAUAAGGACACACAGAUGGGAAGCAGAAGAAAAAUUACUUAGCUGAAGGAAGCAAAUCUCUUUUAAAAACUAUAAUAAAGGAUUUUGGUUUUAACUUAUGAAGAAAGCAAAACUAUCAAAAGGACUGCUAUGGAAUAUCUGCUAAUAGUAUAUACUGCUGGAGUAAUUCUGAUGAAUUUUCAUAGGAUAUAUUUUUAUACAUGCAUAAUAUAUUUUUAUACAUGCAUA